AUGACGUUAGGUGCAUCUAAUUAUUGGACAGCCUUGUUCUUCUCUGUAUUGAGAAGAAAACCCAGAGAUCUUGCCCUAACAUUUCAAAACAAUAUGCCAUAUGUUAGAUCAAAUACAUUAAGGGAAUUAGAUAAGAGGAAAGGUAUUUAUACCCGAAAACAGAUUCCUCAAGAUACCCUAACCUUAUAUAAUAAUAUUGAUAGACUUCAUUUAUCAUCUCUCAGAGAAUUACUGUAUCUCGACAUGAAGAAAGAACAGACAAUUUGGAAUUUUAGAGUAUUAAUGGGCAUUAAUGGUUAUUUUAAAAAACCUAAGAAAAGGAACAAGCAUUCAAGACCAGGAUAUGUUGCUCAUUACAGACACUUUAAAGAAUUAUUCAUGAAUCCAAUCGUUCGAAGUUAUACAUUGUUGGACAUUGCAAAAGAUUUCCCUGCAACUUCUCAAAAUUCUCCUGUACCAUUUGACGUUCCAUUCAAUUACAAUAAUACUGUAAAAGUAAAAUUUACUAAUCAUGAGAAAAGAACAAUACCAAAUGUUUUAUGGCCAAAUAGAGUCUUUUCUAAUGCAUGCCGAGGUAUUGGCGUUACUCCAGCUUUGUUUAAGUCAUUAGAAUUAAAUGAACUCAAGAAUGAAGACCUGCAAUAUGUUAUGAAUCCAAUUAUUGAUGCAAAAAUAAAAGUAUACCAAGUUCCAUUUGUACCGACUGGAUAUGAUGCCAUUGGCUUAUUCCCCCAAUAUGAUAAUACUCACUAUGACUUCUUUGCAAAUGUGUUAAAAUCACCAUCUUCGUUACUUCCAACAAAUAUUAUGAAAUUCGAUAAUAAUCCAUAUCAAUUGAUCUCAAAAUCUAUUGUUCCAAUAAAACCGAUGAAAGGUCAAGAUUUUAGAGAUUACGACACUUUCUUUCGAGUAUUUGAUAACUUUAAAAACCUCUGGAGUAUUAGAAAAUUAUUUUAUGAAACAAGAAAUUUGGGCCAAAGCCCACUUCCAAACCUAGCGUAUGUUGAUAGAACCUGUCCUGGUGAUAUUGCUCGUAACGUUAUUCUUUCUGGCAAUUAUCUUACUUCUCAAAUUGUUCGUGAAUUCUCAAAAUAUUAUUUGUAUUAUAAUGCUUUUGUUAGAAUGGGGUUAUUUAUUUCAGAUUAUUAUUCAAUAAUUUGUAGACAUUUUAAUCAAAAUGAAUCUCACGAACCCAGAUUUCUUCAGGAUACACUAACAAAAAAAAUACAAGUUGUAAAUCCAAAGAAAGCAUACAAAGAAUCCGAUAUUGACGCUUAUGGUAGUUAUAUUAAAAAGGGUGCAAAUGUUAAUCAAAAAAAUGUAGAGUACACUAGCGUCCCUCGAAAUUCAAAAAAACAACAUAUCAAGGUAGAUAUGAAACCUAUACCUUAUUCACCAAUUGAUCUAUACAUGUUGGAUCAAUUAAAUAAAUUGGAAAGUAUUCCAAUGCCAGAUACUAGUGAAGAAAUUGGUGAUAUUAAAGUUCAAUUUGAUAAGCUUAUAUCAGAUUUACAAUUGUAUGCUUCCUUAAUAGUGUGUACUGCAAAAAAAAACUCAUCACUUGGGCUAAACGAUAUUGAAAGAGCACCAUUUUUAUCGAACCAAAUUCGAGUACUUAAUUCAGUUUUUAAAGAAUCUAAGUGGACCAAAAUAUUUUAUCCAAAUGUAUUUAAAUAUAUUGAUCUAGCUUUACCUAAAGAUCUUCAAUCAAUAUAUAUCUUAGAUGAGCCCAAAAACUUGAAAGAUAGCCCUGAGAAACAUCAACAAUUACUUGAUGAAGGUAAAAUGUACUUCCAAAUAAUGGAGCAUAUUUUACUAUUAGAACAUGGUAUAUAUAAAGACAAAUUCGUAAGAUGCAAGCCGAUCACUAUAAAACAUAAAGAGAUCUUCACAAAUUGGAAAAUUAUUCUUGAACUAAAAGAAAUAAUAAACCCAGAAAAUAUAUUCUUCAUCAAAUUCUGUACAAAAUUUCCAUUCACCAUUACUCCAGAUAUAUCUAAUACUAAGGAUACCGAAAAGUUCAUAUGUGUAGAUAGAACAGUAAUAAAUGAAAAAAUGACUGUCUAUCUAUACAAGAAAUCCAAUGAAUAUGUCCCUAGAAAAAGUACUGAAGUUAUUAAUGACGUUAUCGAAAGGUUUCAUAGAAGAAGUCCUCCAAAUAAGAACCAAUUCUAUUAA